UAAUGAGGAUUGGAAAUUGCAAUAUUAUCUUGUUUCUGCUAAAGAUAAGAUAAUUUUCUUGUUCUGUGAUACUGCAAUAUCAACAUUAAAGAAAUUCAAUGCUUAUCAGCAUUAUAACACUUAUAAGGACCACAAAUAUUUUAAAUUUAGAGGGAGAGAUGCAAAAGGUUGUAUUGCAGAAAUUAAAAGAUGAAAAACAAAAGCAAAGACAAUUCUUUCAAUAAGUAAUAAUGGAAAUAAUGCCAGUGAAGCAACUUAUAAAGUAGCUUAUAUCCUCAGGAUAAAAAGGGAAGCCAUUCAGUGAUGUAGAAAUCGUGAAAGAAUACUGUUGAAGUUGUAGGAUGCUUAGACCCCGAAAACAUUUCAAAGUACAAACAAUUGCCUCUUUCAAGAACUAUAACUGACUGGCAGCAUGAAUUGUCCUUCAACUUAACAGAACAACUUCACACAAUUUAAAAGGAAAAUAAAUAUUAUUCAAUCAUUUUGGAUGAAUCAACUGAUAUUACUGACUCAGCACAGGUUUUAUACUUCAUUCGGUUCAUAAAAGAAGAUUUUCUUUGCUAGGAAGAGUUACCCGCUUUGGGCAUUCAUGCAAAAAGAAUACAGGAAACACAUAUCUUCAACAACUUUCAAAAUAAAUGUCAUGAAGUUGGACUGAAUUUGGUAAAUUUAGCAAGUGUAUGUACAGACGGUGCACCUUCCAUGACAGGAAAACAUGAAGAGUUUAUUGCACAGACUAAAAAAAAAGUGUUAACAGAUCCAGACGCUCUUAUUUGUUUUUAUUGCAUCUUGCAUCAGCAAAAUCUUUGUGUUAAAGCUACUAUUUUAACUGAUGCUUUGCAACAAGUUGUAAGUAUUGUUAACUAUAUUUGUGCAAAUGCAAUCCGGCAUCGUGAAUUUUGUAACAUGUUAAAGUUGAACAAUGAGAUACUAUUUAGUGUGGAUUUGCUGUAUCAUUCUAAAAUGCAUUUGUUAUCCCAGGAAAAGGUGUUAGCCAAAAUUUCAUCUCUGCAAGAACAAAUAGUUAAAUUUUAUGAAGAACAGAAUCAGCAAUGUGAAUUAUUGAAAGAUUUCUAUAGGAAUGCUGCAUUUCUGUGUGAUAUAUCAAAUCAAAAUGACUUGAAUAUUUCUUUGCAAGGUAAAACUAAGUCUGCAUGUGAUAUGUGGCAAAAAAAAAAUCCAAGCAUUUCCAAAAAAGCUAUCUUUUUUCAAAACACUUCUUCAAAAGGAAAUUUCAGACGAACAUUUUCCCCAAUUAGCAAAGCUCAUUGAUGAGCAAGAUAAUGAAAAGGAAUCAUUCAAAGAAUACAAAGCUGUUAUAGACUUAUUAAUUGGAAAAUACAAUGAAAGGUUCACUGACUUUCAGAAUCAUGACAUCACACUCAAAUUAGCAUUUCAGCCUCACCUAGUUGAUAUUACCAAGGCACCUAAAGAACUACAGAUGAAAUUGAUUGAGCUCUCUAUAGAUGACAUUUUAAAGUCAUUGUUUGACGCUAAGAAAUAUCCAAUUGAAAUAUGGAAAAAUGCAGUAGAAUACCUAUGCCUUGGGCAACAUGCCUGAAAAAUGCUUUCUUGCUUUUCAACUACUUAUUGCUGCGAAUCUACUUUCUCUUACUUAACCCAAAUCAAGACGCCCUUAAAGCCGCAAAUGACUGAUACCCAUCUAGAGGAUCAACUAAAGCUGUGGACCUCCAUGUUGCAACCAAAUAUUCAAAUGCUUUCCAACCAAAAGCAGACACAACAAAGUCAUGAAAAAGUUCGUUAACUUUAAAAUUAACAAAUAGUUUUCAUUUUUUGAAAUUAUUAUGUAUAUAGAGUUUUACAAAAUAAUGUACACUUUUAAGUACAUCUAAUUGACGUUUCUUGAAUGCGGGACUAAAUAUUAAUGAGAGCUUCCAAUAUGAAAAAGUUCUUUACCCCUGGCUUAACCUAUAUGGCCCUCAGGUCCUUUUGCAAAAUGAAACCACUUCCCCUAGAAAAACCUGGAAGAGAACGCCGUUACCCACGGAGGCUGUUACCAUGGUGACUAGCCAGCGCGGUGCUUUAUGCGGAGUCUGACUUUUCUGACAAUGUAGUUUGACAGGAGCUACCGAGAGCUUCUGCGCAGAUGGAUCCUCCAUUCUCGACUCCGGAAAUCCAUUGACCUCUGGCUCUGAGACUCAAUUUCCCAGCAUUUCUACUUAGAUCAGGUUUGUUUCUAGUGCAGUGAGGCUCUUGAACUUGGGUUGCUAAGGCCCCUGGGAAUGUAGGCUGGAAACCGGAAGUGAAUGGACCCGAAGCAGGGCUGGAAAUCGUAGUUCUGGGAAGACGUUGUCGUAGGCUUAGCGCCUCCAGGAUGGGGACCGCAGCGGCUCGGCUCGGGGCGGAGAGCCGGUGUCUCUGGGUCGGGGCGAAGAGGGUCAGCUGGAGAGGUAUAAAUUGGAUUCCUGAGUAGAAGCACUUCAUCUAGCAACAGGAAUUCACCCUAGGAUAAGAAGUACUCAUUGGAUCUUUAGGUGGUUUUAUUUCCAGGAGGAAGCAAGGACUUGAAAUAUGCUCAAUCAACUCUGAUAGCAGAUUCCUUAAAAGGAAAUUAUUCUAUUGACUCUGGAGUUGGAGGAAUCACUGACCAUUCCACCUAGGAAAAUCAGAAUUUGAGUGGAAGCUCCACAUCAGAGAACAGUGAGGAAGUGAUUCCUCAUGGAUAGCGUGACCCAUGUGCAUGAGAAACCCUACUUUCUUAGAACUCUUUUUUUUUCCCCCAAGAAGGGAGCAUAGAAGAACAGGGAAUGGAUGCUGUGUUCCUGAUUGCCAAGUUCCAGGAAUUGGUGACUUUCAAGGAUGUGGCUGUGAACUUCACCCAGGAAGAGUGGAGGCAACUGAACUCUGCUCAGAGGGAUUUGUACAGGGAUGUGAUGUUGGAGAACUACAGAAACAUGAUCUCACUAGGGCUUUCCAUUUCUAAACCUGAUGUGAUUCUCCAGUUGGAGCGAGGGGAAGAACCAUGGAUGCUCAAUCUAAAGAGAACUGCAGAGAGAGAGAUCCCACAAUAUAUGUCUAUUGAUUGGGAAAAUAGGCCUGAAACCCAAGAGUCAACUCUAAAACAAAAUAGGUCUGAGGAAGCAGAAUCACCAGAGACAUUAAUGGGAAAACUCAGAGGUGACAUUCCUGUGGAACUUGUAUUUGGAAGAAUUCAUGUGCCUGAGAGCAGAUUGGAAGGGCAAAGGGGAGGCACUUCAGGGGAAACUUGGAAGAAAGCUUUUUCCCAAGAAAAAGGUUUCAGGCAAGUAACUAUGACUCGCAAGAAAACUUCCACUAGAGAGAGAGUCCAUGUAUGCAAUGAAUGUGGAAAAACUUUCAGACAUCACUCAGCCCUUGUUCGACAUCAUAUAAUUCAUACAGGAGAGAAACCCUAUGUAUGCACUGAAUGUGGAAAAGCCUUCAGUCAGCACUCAGCCCUUAUUAGACAUCACAUAAUUCAUACUGGAGAGAAGCCCCAUAAAUGUCAUGAAUGUGGGAAAGCCUUCUUCAUCCGUUCUUCCCUUAUUCAACAUCAGAAAACUCAUACUGGAGACAAUCCCUAUGAAUGUAAUGAAUGUGGUAAAGCCUUCUUUGGUCUCUCAACACUUACUCGACAUCAGAGGACUCAUACUGGAGAAAAGCCCUAUGAAUGCAGUGAAUGUGGAAAAUGCUUCUUUGAUGGCUCAUCUCUCACACGACAUCAGAGAAUCCAUACUGGAGAGAAGCCCUAUGAAUGUAGUGUGUGCGGGAAAGUUUUCAGUAGCAAGUCAUCUGUCAUCCAACAUCAGCGACGACAUGCUGGGAAGAAGCCUUGGAAGUGUAACGAGUGUGGGAAAGCCUUUAGUUACUGCUCAGCCUUUAUCCUCCAUCAGAGAAUUCAUACCGGAGAAAAACCCUACGAAUGUAAUGAGUGUGGAAAAGGUUUCAGCCAGAGCAUACACCUUACCCUUCAUCAGCGAAUUCAUACUGGAGAGAAACCCUAUGAAUGCAAUGAAUGUGGGAAAGCCUUCAGUCACCGAUCAGCCCUUAUUCGACAUCACAUAAUUCAUACUGGAGAGAAACCCUAUGAAUGUAAUGAAUGUGGGAAAGCCUUUAAUCAAAGUUCAUACCUUACUCAACAUCAGAGGAUUCAUACUGGAGAGAAACCCUAUGAAUGUAAUGAGUGUGGGAAAGCCUUUAGUCAAAGCACAUUUCUUACUCAACAUCAGGUAAUUCAUACUGGAGAGAAACCCUAUAAAUGUAAUGAAUGUGGGAAAGCUUUCAGUGACCGCUCAGGGCUCAUUCAACAUCAGAGGACUCAUACUGGGGAGAAACCCUAUGAAUGUACUGAAUGUGGAAAAGCCUUUGGUUACUGCUCUGCUCUUACUCAGCAUCAGAGGACUCAUACUGGAGAAAAACCUUAUAAAUGUAAUGACUGUGAGAAAGCUUUUAGUGACCGCUCAGCCCUUAUACGACAUCAGAGAACUCAUACUGGAGAGAAACCCUAUAAAUGCAAGGAAUGUGGGAAAGCCUUUAGCCAGAGUUCAUCUCUUACAAAACAUCAGAAAACUCAUACUGGAGAGAAACCGUAUAAGUGUAAUGAAUGUGACAAAGCCUUUAGCCAGAGCUCUUCCCUCUCUCAACAUCGAAAAACUCAUGUUGGCAGUAAAGCCAGCAAAUAUGAAAAAGUCUUCAGUGAUCACUCAGUAUUUACUCAACAAAAGAGAAUUCAUACUGGAUAGAGAUUCCAUGAAUGCAGUGAAUUCAGCAAAUAUUUGAGGGUUUACUAUGAGUCUAGCACUGUAUUAAGUGCUUUGGAUACUGCAAAGACUGUAAGACAGUGUUACAAAAAGACCAUGCACACCAAAAAGUUGUUAUGAUUGAUGUGCAGUCUUAUGUGGGAUCCAGAUGGUAGGUAUGUGGAAUAUGAAUGUGGAGUCUUGCGUAUUUUAAAAUGUUUUAGUGGAUGACACUGAAGGAUUUCCUUGGCACAGUAAUGAUUGUCUUUGUAUCAGUAAUGUGAUUUGAGCUAUUAACUCCCUGAGAAAGGGAAUGGAGUGACCUUCAAAGGAGUGAGGCUCUCUAAAGAGGGUUGAUGAUGCCAGGAUAUGGAAUAUUUAACUUUUAAAAAAACUGGAGGUGAAAGAAUGCAAGAUGUGUUGAUGUAAAGUGAAAAUUUGGAGAAACUGCUGUCUAGGAGAUAUUAAAAGCAUUAAAAAGCAAAGGCAUGAGAAAAGAAAGAAAAGAACAGGGGUGGAUAAAACUGAGGAAGUGUUUAUUGAUACGGGCAGUCUCAGCUGAAUAUCCAAAACCAAAAGAAAGGCGUUUUCUUCUAUGCAGAGAUCCAGAGCCUUGGUUGUAUUAGUGAGGCCUUUGCUUCUCACAAUAGCAAGUUCCACUUGGAAGCCAAAGUGUGGUGGUCGAAAGGACCCUACCCUGGCAAUUUAGAUAAAUUUAAGAAUGCAGCCUAGGCCUACAGUUAAGAAGCAGGGUAGGUCAGUAAAAGAGCUAUAACCCCAAGGAUUGGAGACCAAUAACAAGGACUUGUAGACUAGAAAGGAAGGGAGUGAAGGAUAAGGACUUUUUGAUCAUUUAAAUGCUUCCUAGAUGAGUAGCUUAAGAAUGUUUUUUGUGGUUUGCCUCAGCUGUACAGGGUUGUAUUGCAGAAUUUGCUGUAGUUUUGUUGUGUGUUUGAACUCCUUAUAUGCUAGGCUACAGUGGACAAGGUAGGAAAAAAGUACUCUCAAAAAAGAGAAAUUAGGGAAAGAUAGUUAACUAUAGGGUAGAGUUUAUCUUCUCCCUUUUAUCUCCUUGGUGAUAGAAGAAAAAAAUAAGACCUUGGUGACAGGGAAUUUGGCUGAGGGAGUUAUCUCUUUGCAUCAGGGUAUCCAAUUUUGUUAUUCAAGUCCCUCAAAGAGUUUACAUUUUGUUUGGGGGAGUAAACCUUUAUCCAUAACAAUCCUUAUUCUGCAUCAGAGAAUUCUUUUUGAAGAGUGUCAUAGGUGUAAUCAUAUCUUUAGGCCUUUGGCUGAGGUUGAACUCUCCAGUAGAGCAGAAGGACCACCCUGAAAGCCCAGUCCACUGGAAUAUUUGUUAUUAUAGUUAUCUGUAGGUUCAGUUCAGAAAUCAUGACUCUCAUUCACGCUAUGCCAAGUAGUGUCAUAAUAACAAAGAUCUAUUUAUUCUUAAUAUGCAAAGUAGAUACCAUAUAUACCCCCAAAUCUUAUGCAUUGAUUUGGUGUAUAGAUCAGAAAUUUUUAUUAAAGGAAAUGAAAGGACAUAUGGAGUCCUAAGAUGAUAAUAUUAGUGCACAUAAAGUUCUCUGAGGUUUAAAAAGCACUUUGUAUACAUUUAAUCCUCAUAGCAAUCUUAUGAGGUAGGUGCUAUUAUUAUCCCUUUUUCUGAUGAGUAGACUGAGACUCAAAUGUUAAAUAACUUGCCCAUAUAAUAAGUGUCUAUAUUAGGAUUUUAACUUGGUCUUUCUGGCUCCAAGUCUAAUAUUUUGUCCAUUGUGCCAAACUGCUUCUAAGACAUCAUCCAAUUAUAUAGUAGGAAGUUUGGAAUAAUAUUUCGAGAGCGCGGUAUGGUUAGAGAAAAGUUUGGAAUGAAGUAAACAUUGGUGAUAAUGUGACAAUAGAGGGUAAUUGACUCCAGUUUGGUUCAAACAUAAUCCUAGGAAAACAAAAUAACGUUGUGGAGGAAACAGCAAUAUUAGUUUUUUAAUCUGCUAUUUAAAGCAAUGUGAAAGGUUGGGUGAUACUUGAUUGGGUGAUAGUUGGAAAGGUCUUUAAAGAUCAUUGAGUCCCACCUUUUUUAUAUUGUGAAGAUAAUAGUUGAAGCUUUUAUAGCUGUUUAUAAUUCACAAAGUGCUUUACAGAUUCUCUCAUUGGAUCUUUAAAAUAUUCCACAAGUAAGGAAACAGGCUUAGAGAGGGAGAUUAAGCUAACCAAAGUUCAGAAGCUUUAAACUAGAUUUAAAUAUGCCAGUAAGAAGAUUAAUUGGAUUAAAAGCUAAUGGUUUUCUAAAUUCAGGGCUUAGGGAGCAAGGCCCCCAGUGUUUGUUAUUGACUGAUAGCAUCUAGGUUGCAGAAGAGAAGAAGUGAAAAGAAAGGGGUGAGCCUUCCUUUAAAAUGACUGUUCACCAAAAGAAACAAUAAGGAUGUGCAGUAGAAUAAAUGAAACUUUUCUUCUGUUUGGUGACCACUUCUUUCUGAUUGGGACAGAAACAUAAGUGGGAAUUCAGACUCUGGACAGAUGCAGUCUUCUGUCUUUAUUGACUUAGGAAUAGGCACAUGGUUAAUAAAGACCUCUAAGAAGUUUUGCAUGUCCUGAUGUGGCAUAGAACAGCACUAACCAAUGAGGACUAAGUACUAGGGACAAGCUUUGGCUUGUAGACCAGAGACAGGCUAUGGAACUUGGUAGGGCUACAAGCUUGGGGAAUCUAUAACCUAAAAACAUCAGAAUUUAAUUCUGAAUCAGAGUAAAAAAAAUAUUGGGAGUACGACAAGUGAUUGAGAUCCCACAUGCACAUAGACUUGGGUUUGGGCGGUCUGUUCUUUUGUGGUUAUUUUUUAAAAUCCAUUAUAAAACGGUGAUUGUAAUUGCAAAUCACAUUAUUGUAUGUGCUUGGGUAACAAAGAAUGUUUUUAAAAAAAACUGGCUGGAUGUAGAGUGGAUGUCACAAUCAAAAUGAACAGGUGCACCAUCUAGUGGCACCCUGCCUGGAAUCUGAGGGAAUGUGUGCAAAAGUAGAUAGAAAAAUGAGAAGCAGGUGUUAGUCUGACACAGACUGGUCUGUUACCCUGUCUGAGAAAAAAGUAAUCUGGCUAGAUGACUGCUUCAGGGCAUUUUGCGCUGUGAGAUGAAAGGGACCUGAAGCCAGCCAAGAAUUAGAAGCUUUCCCAAGGGGUAGGAAAUAUGAGUUGUUUUUUUCCCCAUGGAAAAUGAUGAAAGAUGUAAAGUACAAUAAAUUUGAGAUCCUUUACCUGGGGAAAGGUCUUCUGUGUCUUUCUUUACCUAGUGGAGCUCAUGGAAAGAAUGCUGGAUAUAAAGUCAAAAGGCAUUGUUUUAAAUCCUGACUAUUGUUUUAUCUACCUCUAAGACCCUAUGCAAAUCAUUCUGAUAAUUU